GUAAGACUAGUUGAAUUUUAGAAAAUCGAAAACAAUCGACAAAGAGUCGUUUUGGUUCAUCUAUUUUCACAAUAGUUGCAGAUUUUUCUGUCAACAAAAUGAAGAAAAUGUUACUAAGUGUUUUAAAGAUUAUGAUUCUACAGUUCAUUGCCAUUGAAGGUCAAAUGGCUCCGAAUCCAUAUACUGCAGGAAACAGUCGUCCUGCUUAUCUUACACCAAAUACGCCAUCAGAAAUGGGAAGAAAUCCUUAUCCAUCUACAAGAAAUUCAGAACUAGGCAGUAAUCAUGGAAAUUAUCCCCAGCAGGAUCAAAGAUAUCCAACUGAUAUAAACUCAAAUGUUAAGGAUUCCCCACAUUACAAUUCCAAUAACAACAAUCCGACUUUCCACAAUUCAUAUAAUAAUCCUCCUAAUAACUUCAAUCCAUAUAAUGAUGGUUCUCCUGAUUUCAAUUCAGAUGACAAUCGUUCUCCUGACUUUAAUCCAAAUAACAAUCGUUCUCCUGAUUUCAAUCCAAAUAGAAAUCGCUCUCCUGAAUUCUAUCCAAAUAACAAUCGUUCUCCUGAUUUCAAUCCAAUUAAUAAUCGUUCGACUGUCUUUAAUCCAUAUAGCAAUCGCUCUCCUGAAUUCUAUCCAAAUAACAAUCGUUCUCCUGAUUUCAAUCCAAAUAGCAAUCGUUCUCCUGAUUUCAAUUCAAAUCACAAUCGUUCUCCAGUCUUCAAUCCAAAUAACAAUCGUUCUCCUGAAUUCAAUCGAAACAGCAAUCGUUCUCCUGAUUUCAAUCCAAAUAACAAUCGUUCUCCUGAUUUUAAUCCAAAUAAUAAUCGUUCUCCUGUCUUCAAUCCAAAUAGCAAUCGCUCUCCUGACUUCAAUCCAAGCAACAACCGUUCUCCUGACUUUAAUUCAAAUGACAAUUAUAAUCCUGGAUUUUCUGGAAACAGCAAUCAAAAUACUUCUUUGAAAAGUUUUGGAGCGCCAAAGAAUCGUCAACAAGGUGAAAGAAAAUCUCUUAAUGAUGAAUAUCCGAAAAAUGAUUCCCAAGAAGGCCAGUCUGAUCCUGAUCCAUAUACUACUAAUCAUCCUUCAGAUUUUCUUCCAAAUAACGACUAUCCGUCUAACAACAGUGCUCCAAAAAAUUACAAUCCUGCUCACAGCAGCAAUCCAAAGGAUCGGCCAAAAUUUCCAUUUUAUAUUUAUUACCAAACUGAUCCACUGAAAAGCGGAAGAAUCGUCUGCUUAUUUAAUAUUGGCAAGUACUUGAAAUCUGGAUUUCAACCCACAAUGAUUCCAGCUCGCCUUUGCACUAUCGUCAAUUAUGAGUUUGCAAAGCUGAAUUCCACGACUUACGAAAUAAGUCCUGGUAACCCUGACUUAGACUAUGGGCAGAACUUUUAUAAUAAAACUGUAGGCUUAAAGUAUUUUAAUCCAUACUUGAAAGUGAUGCUGUCUUUGGGAGGAUGGACGGACAGCACAAAAAAAUAUUCCGAUCUGGUUGCUUCGACAAAAAAAGUCAACAAUUUCAUCACUAAAGCGGUCCAGUUCUUAAAAAACCACGGAUUUGACGGUUUAGAUAUUGCUUGGGAGUACCCAAACUGCUGGCAAGGAGCACUUGGUGUUAGUCCUCAAGAUAAACCUAAUUUUGCUAAAUUUCUAAAAAAAAUACGAAAAGCAUUUGAUGAUGAAAAUUUGCUUCUAUCAAUUAGUGUCUCUGCAAUUAAAAGAGAAAUUAAAGCUGGAUACAAUGGUACCGAAAUUGCUAAAGCAGUUCAUUAUGUCAAUGUGAUGACGUACGACAUGCAUGGCCCCUGGGAAAAGAUGACAGGUCAUCAUACGCAAUUUGACAAGAAAGCUAAUGACAGCGAUCCGACUUUAAAUUCGAAAGCAGCAAUGGAGUAUUGGGCUAGCAUAGGAGUGCCUAAAAUAAAGCUGAACAUGGGAAUAGCCACCUACGCUACAACUUUCACUCUAAAGAAUCCGAUGAAUCACAAAUUCGGAGCACCAGCUACAGGACCCGGAAAAGCAGGGGCCUUGAGUCACAGUGGAGGGACUCUGUACUACAGAGAGAUAUGCCAAUACAUAAAUGCCGGUAAUUGGACAGAGGAACAGGACAAAGACGUGGGCUACUAUGCCUACUCUGGUGAUCAGUGGGCUGGAUACGAUCAUCCCCUCAUGGUGGUCAGAAAAGUGAAGUGGAUAGCCGAGAGCGGUUAUGGCGGUUUACUCAUCAAAGAUGUAGGCGGUGAUGAUUACGAAACGAAGUGUUUUGCCAAAAAGUUCCCUCUUAUCUGGAUAGCGGGUAUGGAAUUCACACGCAAAUUGAAAGGAAAGAAGUAAAUUUUCCUUUAAAGAAUUUGGUUUGUUUUCUGUGGAGCAAAAAAAAAUAUUUUUUCCAAUUUAUUUUUAUUCAGCAUGCUAUCGGACAAUAAAUACUUUGAUGGACUCCAAAAAGUAAACAGUUUAUUUGCUAAACGUAUUGAUUACAGAUGGCAUCUAAUUUGUGUAAUGAUCCAUCGAAUGAAAAUUUUCAAAAACAAAAUGAAAAGAAGAAACUAAAUGAAAAUAUCGAAUGGACAAUUUAGCUGUUAUUUUAAAGUGCGAAAUAAUUUUUAAAAAAUGGAGUCUAUUUAGAAUACAUGAUUAUAUGGAUUAUGCCUUUGAAUCUUAUAGCCUUCAUGUCAUUUUGUAUCAAAAUGAUUAAUUAAAUUAUACUUGUUUGGUUCUUAAAACUACGAAAAUAAACUAUAAUUUUUACUAUUUGUUUUUGUGGAGAACUUCUCCAUACUU